CCUCAUUCGCCGCACCUCACUCUACAACCACCGUCUCAUCGUAGAGCUAGCUUCGAUCAAAGCCUCCCAAACUCUACCAUACCGUUGAGAUGUGGAAUCCAUGGCGCGAGAACCUCAAGGACACGCCGAGGGAGUCGCUGAAUUGGCGUCUCUGGUUUGGCGUCUUCGUUUUUGGAAUUAUGGGAGCAGCGCGAGGCAUUGAUGAAGGUCUUAUCGGAACUACCGCCACCCUCGACCCCUUCAUCAAAAAGUUCGGCCUGAAAGACUCGUCUAAGAACAAACACGAGCAGGCCGAGUUGCUUUCCAAUAUUACCUCGAUGGUGCAACUGGGCUCUAUUCUCGGAGCACUCAUUGCAUUCUACCUCACCGACAAACUCGGACGUCUCUGGGCCACCAGGCAGCUUUGUGUUAUCUGGGUCAUCGGCAUUGCCAUCUUCCUUGCAGCCGCUCCCUCAGGUAGCAUUGGUAUGGUGUACGCAGGACGUUUCAUCGCAGGUAUCGGCAUCGGUCAGACUACCGUCGUUGCGCCUACCUAUCUAGCAGAAACCUCUCCAAGGGCCAUCCGUGGUCUUUGCGUGGGCGCUUUCUCCGGAGCCGUGUAUCUCGGGAUUAUGCUGGCCUAUUUCGCCUCAUGGGGCUCAUCGAUCCACAUCUCCGAUAAAUCCCAAGCUCAAUGGCUAGUACCAAACUCCAUGCAUCUCAUGUUCGCAGGCAUCAUCUUCGUCCUCAGCUUCUUCGCCAAAGAGAGCCCGAGAUGGUUCAUCAAAGUCGGACGGCACGAGGACGCAGCCAAGAAUCUCAGCCAGCUCCGAAACCUCCCGAUCGAGCAUGCCUACGUCCAGAGCGAAAUCAUCGACAUCAACGACCAGCUAAAUCGCGAGCGCGAAGCUACCAUGGGCACCUCCUGGCUGGGUCCUGUGCGCGAACUCUUCACCAUCCGCUCAAACCUCUACCGAAUCAUGCUCAGCGUGAUGUCCCAAGUGCUCGCGCAAUGGUCCGGCGCCAACAGCAUCACCAUCUACGCGCCCGAAUACUUUGCUAUGAUGGGCACAACCAGCCAAAACGAAAAACUCUUCGCCACGGCCAUCUUCGGCCUGGUCAAAUUCGUCUCGUCGAUGCUCUGCGCCCUUUUCCUCGUCGACUACAUCGGCCGCAAGCGCGCCCUCUCGACGGGCAUCAUCCUGCAGCUCUUCUCCAUGCUCUACAUGGCCCUCUUCCUCGUCAUCGACACCUCGGUCGGCGCCGCCGUGCCGCACCAGUCGCCGUCGCAGAAGCGCGCGGCCCAGGGCGCCAUCGUCAUGAUCUACUUCUCCGGCUUUGGCUGGGCGCUCGGCUGGAACAGCAUCCAGUACCUGCUCAACUCGGAGAUCUACCCGCUGCGGCUGCGCGCGCUCGGGGGGUCCAUCGCCAUGACGCUGCAUUUCGCGAAUCAGUACGGCAACUCGAAGGCGGUGCCGCUGAUGUUUAUUGGCAUGACGACGGGGGGCACCAUGUUCUUUUUCUCGGCGGUCACGGCGGUCGGGUUGGCGUGGGUGUGGUUCUUCUUGCCGGAGACGACGGGGAAGAGUUUGGAGGCGAUUGAUGCGAUCUUUGAGCUGCCGUGGCAUUUGAUUGGAAGGAAGGGGAAGCAGAUGACGGAGGGGGUUGGGGGGUUGGCGGAGGUGCUGGAUCAGGAGGGGGAGAAGACGGUGGAGUUGGAGAUGCGGGAGAAGCGGGUUGAGCGGGUGGAGGAUGAGGGUGAGGAGACGAGGGUCUGAGGAGGGUUUUACUGGAUAGGCGUGGGGCGUCAUAGGGGCUUACUAGACCUAUCAAAUGAUUCCCUUUAAGUUUGAGAAAUCGAGUGCCCAGGAGUUGACAUCACUGCCGUGCAAAUUUGGAUACACCAGGGGGGCCAUGAUACGGUUACCCGCGUCUCCAGACAAC